AGCGCAGCCGGCCGAGCCAGAUGCCAGACCAGGUGUUCUUUAACUUCAAGGAAUCUCCAAAACAUUGUUGAUUGAUCAUGCCGACAACGUGUAUAGCCGGUGGAUGCAGCAAAACGUCGAAGGAUGGUGUCAGUCUUCACUCUUUCCCAGCUGAUCCUACAUACCGGACGAUUUGGGAGGACAAAGUCAAGUUAACCAGACCUAAUUGGUCCGGUCCAAGCAGUUCCUCAAAACUCUGCAGCGAUCACUUCGAACCAUCUUGUUUCGAGAGUGGUCUGGAAUAUCUCUUCGGUAUCAGCGUAAAGAAAAGGCUGAAGCCUGAGGCCAUACCUACAAAGUUUGCACCUGCAGGCAAAGAAAAAACGAAACCAAGGAACGAACGGCGCAAGCCCAAAGGAGCCUUCCGUAAAAGGAAGAAAUUCAGGAUUCUAAAUGAGGUUCUACCAAAGAAACAACAGAUAUCAGAUGAAAAAACUGGACAAGAUGAUGGAACAGCAUCAGUAAGCAGACGGUGUGAGAGCAGACUGUGUAUUGAACAGAAGGCUACACAAUCCUUGCCAAGUGUCCAUUCUGAAAGUGGUGUCAGUGGACAUGAUGAUGAACAUGUUGUGCCAGACGAAUGCCUUAGAGGUCUGCCUCGACAAUUUGUGCAGCCAUCAACAUCAGAAGAGUAUCAGGACUCCGUAACCAACUACCAGCAACUGCCUAGCAACGAGCUGUCCGUACCACGUUCAUCUGCAGUCCCUGUCAAACUGGAGAAAGCCCAGGAUAAUAGUAGUGUUAAAACCAAGAGCAAUGAACAGUCAUCCAGUCAGAGCCCAGUACAUUCACCAAGUAAUACCAAACCUGUGGUUAAAGCACCAAUCAAUGUUGUAUCAAAGAAAGGUUUGUUGAGCACUGCUGCAGAACUAUGUACAGCAAUCCAACAACAGCAGCCAGGCAGCACAGGUAAAACUGUGUAUUUCCUCGUUGAUAAUGCAGCCCCAACACUUCCCUCCCCGCCUCCUGUCAUUUACAUACGUGUAGUGAAGCAGAAAUUACAGGGUAAUGUUGGAUCCCAGCAGCAGGUAUGUGAACAGAAGCAGCUGGUGUUCCCAGGAAAUCCGACAGACUCUAUACUUCAAUCAAACCCAGGACUUAUCAAGACUGGCUCUGUUGGACAGCCUGUACGGGUAAAUGUUCAACAAGAGAGUUGUCAAGAGUCCAAGAACGAUGUAGGAAAUCAGCCGGAAGCACCUGAAGAGAAGCAGGAGACUACCCAAGGAGGUCAAAGUGUUCCUGGGCCAAGAUCUGAUUUAGGUUGGAUCAAAACUGAACCUGGAACUGAGCAAGAGUUGUUGAAUAUCAAGAGAGAAUAUGACAGUGGCGUCGGCUUUGAUUUCACUUGCUCAAGAGAAGUAGUUCAGAGAGAAAUCUGUCUUGAUGGAAACAAGGAUGAGAAUAAUGUGGAAGUCGUCGUGAAACAAGAAUUAUUUGAAAGAGCAGAGAAUGAGAACAGUGGUGUUGGUGAUCAGAGAGCUGGGGAUAUAAGUAAUACUUGCCCUCAGGAAGGUGACCAGAAUUCAGGACGUGAUGAAAAUGCAGAGAUAUCUGAAGAUGAUGAAGAUGAUGAUGAUGACCAUUUGGAAAUGGAAGAUGAUUCUAGGGACGAGGACUAUGUCCCUGAGGUCAAAGUUCACGCAUCUAGAAAAAAGAAAUGGGGAGGAAGAGUUUUACGCUGCAGACAAACUGAUCAGAAAGCUUCCUCAGAGCUUGAGCAAGGUCAGUCAGAUGAGGUAGAUGGAGAAUCAAAGAGCAGUGAUGGCUCAGAGGGAAGUCUGUGUUUGUCAUCAGACUCGGGAAGUGACAUGAUUUCAUCUGAUGAUGACUGGGAUGAAAGAGAACGAAGGGAGAGGCGAGUGCAGAAAAAGAAACAGGGGGAAAGGCACUGCAUGUAUGUUCGAUUAGAAGUCCAAUUGUCGCGUCUUCCCAAAGUGUAUGAAUGCAAGUCGUGCCAAGAGAGGUUCCGAGAGGCAGAUGACAUGAGGACACAUUACACUACGACCCACCAUCAAGAAACUUCUGUUGAUAGAGUAGUAAGUGGACCUUCAAUCUCUCCAGAGGGCGACAUAUAUGACAUAGCCACUGAGUUGAGACACUGUUCAAAAUGUAACAAUUAUUUUGAGAACAUACAGAAACACCGCAAUAGUCAUAAGGAGAAGCGGUUUGUCUGUGAAAUGUGUGGAAAACGUUUUGCCUACAAGUGUAUCUUAACAUCACACAAGGAGACCCACAAAGCAAGGGAAAAUAGAAAUCUUCUCCAUUGCACAGAGUGUGACAAGUCAUAUUACAAAAAAUUUCAACUCAUGGCACACUGCAGAGAAAAGCAUUCCAAGGACACCUCCAACUUGUUUGUCUGUGAAAAGUGUGGGAAGCAAUUUAAGGCCUCCAAACGGCUGAACAUCCACCGACUCAUCCACCUAGAAGACAAGCCGUUCAAGUGUCCAGAAUGUGGGAGGGGCUUCUCCCAAAAGAGUAACAUGACGUUGCACAUGAGGAUGCACACAGGUGCACGACCUUAUCAGUGUAAGAUCUGUCAGGAAACGUUCAAUCAUAACGUGAGCCUUAAAAACCAUCAAAAGAAGGAACAUGGCAUUGACUGGUGAAAAGACAAGAGUAACAAGAAAGCAUCCUGAAAACCUUAAGUUGGUGAACUGUUGAGAAUGUUGAAUGUACAUAUGAGACAGAGAUACAUGCUGUAUGGUUUGCCAGGUGAAAUUGAUGUUGACUUUCAACUCAAAAGAAAAACAGACUAUUUAUAGAUUAACAAUGAAAUCUGAUACAUUGUAUGUGCAUGUUACACUCUUUGAUUUUCAGUCGCAUUAUUUACUAGUGACAUUCAUGCAAGGGUGAAUUGAACCAAUUUGGGAGGACAAGAACCUGUGUUUUUUUAGUUUUGCUUCUUUUUUUGUGUGAUUCUUGCAAGAGAAGUAUUGUAUGUACAUUAUAUAAAUACAUCUACAGUAAAACAUGGUUUGGGGGCUAGAUGGUUGCUUUAUAUCCCUGAGGUAUUAACUAGAUUUUCAACCUCCAAUACCAAGGGGAUUAACAUCAACCAUCCACCCCAGAAUAAACUCUGAUUUUAUAUUUGUUUGCCAUUAUAUUUUCAGACAUUAAAAACGCUUGUCAAUAUGCACAGGGAUCACCUUUCCAUCUAACAUUUGCGUACUUCACCUAGACCAAAAUACCAUGGCAUCUUCUUAAGUGUAUAAAAUCUGUGCAUAGUAAAGGUUCUACUAGCAUAUUUGACUUUGCUCACAGAUCCUGCUAAGUGCAUCAGGUGAUCUACAGCCAAAACGGAGACUGGCUCCUGAUUGUGCAUUGAUUUUUGAGAAUUCUGCCCUCUAUUAUAAAUGUGUAUGAGAUAUGGUAGUUACCGAAGCCUCCGCUGGACCAUAGCACAUGGUUGCUCUUCAGGAAAAAAAUACAUAGAAAUAGAAAAUAGGGAAUUAUCAAGCACUCAGGUACCAAGGUACAAUAAGUUUAAGAAUGUAGGCAAGAAUAUCUGGAAUAAGGUGGAGGAUGGUAUUGAUGGUUGGGAGGGUGCAUCUGCAUUUCUCAUUCCAUUUGCUCUGUACUUGUGGGAAAGGUGUGAGCUUAACUUGCAAAUUAAAUUUAUGCCCUUCAUUGCGCACUUGUCUAUAUAGCCAAUUGCAAACUAAAUUACUUCAUAUUGCCGUAUAAAUUUCUUAGAAUUUACUUGCUGUUAGUAAAUUAAAGUGCCUUUAUGCGAUUAACCUAAAGAAAUUUACAGUUUUUCCACUUUUUUUCCAUGUGUUCACAUGGGACCCGUGUUUCAUAACAGCAAAAUUUUUACAGGGGAAGAAAUUUUCUUGGGUGUUAAAGGAAAUACCAUUUUUGCCCCAUCAAGUCCACAUACUAUCACCAUAAAACCAAGUAGCAGAAUAAGACAGUUGAGGAUUUGGAGUUUUUAUAAAUGUACAUGUACCAACUCUUGUGAAGUUGCCAGUCUGUUAUCUGACAGUUUUUAGGAACACCCCCCCCCAUAUUUUGCUCUACCCUCCAGCCAAAAGCAGCAGCAGGUGUUGUUUUAGCCAUUUUUUAGUGGAAUCUUAUAUCACAGAAAUUUGGAGACAAAUUAACCUUCUUGAGAUCAAGAAGUAAACACCAUGUUGUCCAGUGGGUAGAAAUUAAGACUGUAGGAUCCAGUAUAGUCUGGAAGCCAUGGAAGGUAACCCCUAAAUCUCCGAACAAGUUUUUUUUUCUGCUGAUUGUUCAUAAUCACUGGGUUGCUUAUGAGAUCUAAGGUAGUGUGGACCUUUCACACUGUCUGCUGCAAAGGACUAAGAUUUUUUGAAAACUGUUAUUUCAAUUUUUCUGCCAUAUGGCUAUAAUUUUGGGCUAUAUUAUGUUUUGAGGACCUACAUGUAUGGAUCCACUAGAAAAGGACAGAGAGAGAGAGAGACGAGUUGUUUGUACCAUUGCUAUUGUAAGUAGAGACUUUGGGGUUAAGGUAAAAUUUGGUUCUAGGCUGCCGGACUGGUAUAAGCACAUAGAGUACUGUAUAUUUUGUAUUUUAUUCUGAGAAUAUUGUAAAAUGUCCAAAUGGAUGGAAUUAGGAAAAGUUGUGUGAUCAACAAAGCCCAAUAUGCCUUUAGCAAGUUAAAUUUGAUAAAAAUCCUGCACAGAUUUGAAUUUGCGUGAACAUAAUUUGAAUUCUGCAUACUUCAGGCACUGUUGCUAUACCUCUUGAUAUGGGGCAAGCCUUUGCUUAGUUAUAUGAGAGACACCUUGCCCCAGUAUGCAGUUUUCAGUGGAUGAGAACGGCACAAAGGAACCAGUCCAUUCCAGAGAUGGUGGUCGCUAUGCAUGUGCAAAAGCGUGCUCCAAAUCAAGAGGUACAGCAAUAGUGUCUUUAGUCUGGGAAAUUCAAAUUUUCACUAAUGUCCUUUAAGACUGCCAAGUCCCUUUAACCUAGCUGUAACCCCUGUAGGUUCACCAUGGCACUGAGCUAUAGACAUGACCAGGAAAUGACCUGGAUGUUUUUUUAUCCACAUUGCUACUCAGUGCAAUUUUGUGGGCAUGGCUGCUCACAGGGUUUUAGCUUAAAGCUGAUAAAUGGAAAGAAAAUAUAAUUGUUUCAUUUUAUAAAUUUUUGGUAUGUAUGGUUCAAGCCAAAAUAUUCAUCCAUAAAACUAACAGCGCGGAAGUACCAGCAACACUGAGGCAUUCUUGUGCAAUGCUUCUGUUUUUACAGUGUGCGUUAUUAUGCAUAUGCCAGACAGCUUAACCAGUCUUUCUUGUCAUAAGUGAAGUCAAGCGGUAGAGGUGAAAGCGUCUGCUUCUCUUCCAAGAUGAAUCCCUGUCCCAUGAAAUCACAUAAUACAACAGAGAAGCACGGCAUAAGCUACAGCAAAAGUGAAAUGAACCUGCACCAGACUUUAUUACGAAUGAAGCACUAAGUGUUUCUUCACUUGUCAUAAUUUCCUAUAACUCCUGGCACUCCAAACACACAGGAUUAAGAGACGCGGCAUGCAGUGCAUUGAAUAAUACAGCAUCUUAUUUAAAUAACGUUGUGCUUUCUU